AUGGUUAUGAAGGUUUUUAUGAUGGGAAUAAGUUUUCAUUUAUGUCAACAUGUUAAAUGUAUUAUUCUUAUUCUUAAAGUGAAUGGUGAUGCUGGUUCAGCUCAAUUCGAUCAUCCAAAGGGUUGCGCUGUUCAUCCAAACAAGAUUGUUAGUUAUCCAGAUAUUUCAGAUAAUAAUGUUAUUAGAAGAAUCUCCAACACAUUUAGAAUGUCAACAAUAGUUGGAACAACAACUUGCUUUGGGUUAUCUUCCUUAGAUAAUACUGUUUGUGGAGGUCAUGGUAAAUGUAUUGAUGUAGACACAUGCCAAUGUAAUUCAGGUUGGAAGGGAAAUAAGGAUUGUUCUCAAUUUUCAUGCGAUUCACCAUCCAACCAUGCAUCUAAAUGUAUUGGACCAAACCAAUAUGAAUGUCAAACAGGGUGGAAACUUGUGUGA